UAUAUAUAAUUAUAAAGAGUCUUAUAAUAACCUGUGUAGUAUAUUCAAUAAUAAUAAUAAUAUAUUCUAUUCUAUAUGUGUGCUGUUUCAUAUAUGUUGUUUCCUCCAUAAACUUCUGUGCCGCUCUCUUAGCUACACUAGCUCUCUCUCUCUCACCAUCUCAUUUUCUUCUUAAAAAAUCUCCAUAAGAAGAAAGAAAUACAGAAAUGUCAUCAUCAAUGUCUUAUUACUGCGUGAAAGAGAAGAAACCAUGUAUUGGGUGGGUUGAGAAAUACUUCAAAGACUGCCUUUGUGAUUUCAAAGACGACGUGUCCUUUGGUUUGGGCCUUAUCAGCUUGGUUUGUUGGGGUGUAGCUGAGAUCCCACAAAUCAUAACCAAUUUCAAAACUAAGUCCAGCCACGGCGUCUCUCUUGCUUUUCUCCUCACUUGGAUUGCCGGAGAUGUGUUUAAUCUAGUGGGUUGUGUUCUUGAACCGGCGACGCUGCCUACCCAAUACUACACAGCUCUGCUUUACACAAUAAGUACUAUAGUGCUAGUGCUUCAAAGUGUGUAUUAUGACUACAUCCAUAGAUGGUGGAAAUGUAAGCAGAUUAAAACUACCAAUUUCCAAGAGAACGAAGAAGACCAAAAAAGACCAUUAAUGAAUAAUGGGAUGAGAGGAAAUGAAAAUGGAGAAGCAGGGAUUACAAUUCCCAGGGCUACACCCAAAGCCACUAGUACUAGUCGCAAGGAGUUCUACUAUACGUCAGCUAGAUCAAUGGCUGGAAGUGGUACACCACCAUUCAGAACUUAUCUAAGGGCAGCAGCUAGAAGUGGUCCAUCAACAGUGACCAUUCAAAAUGAUUCAUCUUCAGAUGAUGAUGAUGAUGAUGAUCAGCCUCGCCCAUCAGCACGAUCCAACUCUACUUCUCUCUCCCAACCACGCCCAAUCCCUAAAUCGGCUGCAAGUUAUGCAACGUUUUUAGCAGCAUCAGUGAAUUUGCCCGCAAGAGGCAAUGCUUUGGCCCAUGUGUACAUAGGAGUGGCUGCAAGAAAACUCUUACUCCAUCAAGAAAAUGCAGUAGAGGGACAUAGUGUAUAUGGGCAAUGGUUGGGGUGGAUGAUGGCUGCUAUAUAUAUGGGUGGUCGAAUCCCUCAGAUAUGGUUAAACAUUAAAAGAGGAAGCGUGGAGGGGUUGAAUCCACUCAUGUUCAUCUUCGCACUAAUCGCAAAUGCCACAUACGUGGGAAGCAUUCUUGUAAGAAGCACUGAAUGGGGUAAAAUCAAAGCCAACAUGCCUUGGUUGCUGGAUGCUAUAGUUUGUGUGGCACUAGACUUAUUUAUAAUCCUACAGUACAUGUAUUACAGAUAUUGGCGGAAGACUAGAAGCACUUGCAGGGAUGAUGACUACUACCAAGAAUCAAGAAAAGUCACUGUUUCUUGAUUAUAUAUAUAGCUAGGUUUUUCUAGAUAUUAAUAUAUUAUAUUUAUAUGUUAAUGCUGUACGUUAAUUAAUUAAAUGCUUAUAAAGAAAAUCAUUUUGGAUAUGUAUUUGUUGUUUAACUUUAUUAGUCUUAUAUUGAUUAUAAUUAAAUAAUUGUCUUUGUAUUGGUAGUUGGUGAAAAUUAUUAGUUAAGGAG